AUGCAGCAACAACAACAGCAGCAGUACGCACAUCAACAGCAUCCAAGAGCGCAGGCAAAUCAAUACCGGCAUACAUCUUCAGAUCGAGGCAGUACAAGAGAUUCUUCUUCCAAAUCCAAACCUGUCGCACCAUCUAAACCCGAAUAUGUUGGACCAUAUCUACUUGGCAAGACAUUGGGCAAGGGAUCAUCAGGCUGCGUCAAGCUAGCUCGUCACCGGAGGACGAAUGAGCAAGUUGCGAUCAAGAUCAUCUCCAAAGCCUCGCUGGCCAACCGUGCGGCGGUGAACCGAGGCAUUGAGCGCGAGAUUGCUAUCAUGAAGCUGAUCAAUCACCCGCAUGUGAUUCGCCUCUACGAUGUCUACGAAACUGAGAAAGAACUGUUCUUGAUCAUGGAGUACGUCUCGGGAGGGGAGCUGUUCGAGUACCUGGUCAACAAAGGAAGACUCGACGAACCCGAGGCGCUUCGCUUCUUUCAGCAAAUCAUCGUCGGCCUCGCCUUCUGUCACAAGCGGAAGGUCUGCCAUCGUGAUCUCAAGCCUGAGAACUUGUUACUCGACCAUCGCAGGAACGUCAAGAUUGCUGACUUUGGAAUGGCCUCGCUGCAAAAGUCAGGAAGACUUCUCGAGACGAGCUGCGGAUCGCCUCAUUAUGCCAGCCCUGAAGUUGUCACGGGAAUGAAAUAUGACGGGUCAUCAUCUGACAUUUGGUCGUGCGGGAUCAUCCUUUACGCCCUUUUGACAGGACACUUACCUUUCGACGACGAGAACAUCCGCCAACUCUUAAGUAAAGUGAAGGCAGGAAAGUUUUAUAUGCCUACCGACAUUUCGGCCAGCGCAAGAGACUUGAUCAGCCGGAUGCUUACAGUUAACCCCAGGCGCAGGAUCACGAUGCAAGGAGUGAUGAUGCACCCAUGGUUCACGCUAGUCAAUCUGGAACGCAACACGUUGGGAGAGCCAGCACAGGAUCCUGAUGUCAUCCGGUCCAUGGUUGUCGAGGAACUGGAUGCAGAGAUCAUUCGUCAUAUGCGUUGGCUAUUCGCUCCCGGUCCAUCGCAUAGUGAUCCAGAGGCAAAGGAGGUCUUUGACGAGGAUGCUCUUCUUUCAGAGAUUCAGGAAAAGAUGGUCAGUUCGGAGGAGAACAUGGAGAAGCUAUUCUACCGGCUGCUAUUCCAGCACAAAACAGACCUGCUUGAAAACUACAGUGGCGACGACAGUGACACAGUUCCAGACGCUCCCCGGCGGCGAGCAGAUUCGUUCCCCAACUCGACCAUUGAAAGCCUUCGAUCCGCCACACCAGACUUCAAUCGCGUGCCUCUUUUACCUGGCGAAUCUCCCUUGACAUCUCCAGGAUCACCCCUCUCACCCAUCAUCAAAGGAGUCGACCCCACACCACUCACCUUGAACCCAGAACAGGUCUCAUCAGUAACGAACGGCAUCAAACGGCAUCAAAGUUCAACAAAGUCUCUUGAAAGUGGGCCGAUUUCAACAAAGAUCAGUGGUUUGACAUCGAGACAUGGAAGUGACGAGUCAACAACUAUAGUGACCCAGUCGUCGUCAGACAGGGAUCAUGGUUCAACCAGUUCGACAACAGACGAUAGCAGCAUCAUCGCGGAAGCAGCAGCGGCGACAGGAAACAAGGACGACCGCAAGGCGCCCUUCUCGCCCAAACUGACACCCGUCAGUGGAUCAAUCCACGAGAGUCUGAUGACUGUCAGCAUUAACUCUCACCAACAAGCCGUAACGACCUUGACAGGAUCUUGCCACCCUCUCGUUCACAUGCCGACGCCGACUUCGCAACUGCCUCCCAUCCACCCAAAAGAGGCCACUGCUAUUAACAGCCAAGGAGGAGAGACCAAGGCCUUUGAGGUAGCAUCUCCCCAGGAUUCUAUCGAGCAGCAGGUCAUGUCGACCCAAAUAUCGGAAAACAGUCAUUGUUCUAGCACUGCGCGGUCGGCUUUGCCGCCUCACCAGUUUGUUGGCGGGCCUGGGUUCUCGUUCAAGGCCUCGUUUAAUGAGAAGAUUCUGUCUGCGGCGUCAACUAUUCGAUCACAGCGACCGAUUCUGCACCCACUGGAUGUAAAGACAUCGGCUGGAACGACCACCAUGAAUGUUUCUGCCUCGCAGCAUUCGCGGAAAUUCUCCGAAGGCGCCUCAAGCAUUUGUUUGGUCACACCCAUUACGCCUACAGGACCCAAACGACCAUGGUUUGCCCGGCUCUUUGACUUUAAGCCACAGCCACUGUCGUUCAAGAGCAAGCUAACUGCGGUCGAAACCCAGGAGCGUGUCGAGUGCAUCCUCCGAGACCUCUUCCAACCCAGCGUCCGUAUCGACUACCCCCGAAAGCCAUCUUUCGGUCUCAAGUGCUGGUUCGAUGACGGAGGUAAUGAACGACACGCGUUUCACUCGAGUGACUUAAGCAAAGCGCAUUUCAUCCUCGCUCGGACAUUGACAGAAAAAUACCCGCAACCAUCACUUCUCAAAAUUGUAGUCAUUGACGAUCAAAUGGUCAAAGCAGUCAAGUUCAAGGUCGAUAUCACCGAAAAGACUGUUAGCAAAAACAGUAACAACAAUGGCAACACCGGUUCUAGUUCGGCUAUAUCAUCCUCCGCUAUGGCCACCGCCCUUGUCUCUGCUGAGCAGACAAGUACGUCCAACAACAAUACCAGCAACGGGGCCAUAACUUAUAUGGGCGGUUCUCACAACGACCGGAGUACCAACAACAGCACGCUCAGGAGUAUUUUCAAGGCAUCAGGAGGUGGGGGUGGAGGGUCUUCGACCUCUUCAUCCUCAUCCUCAUCCUCCUGCGCCGCAGCAAACGGCUCCUCCACCUCUCAUUCGGGAUCAAUCCUCAAAAGAGGUCGCGGCGGCAGUGGCAGCAACGAUACAGCAACAGCAGCACAGGCAGCGGUAGCGGCAGCGGCAGCAGCUAGUAGUGGUCGACGAGCCAGCGAUGGCGGAUCGAUUCUUUCUCACUUUACGGCACGGUUACCCUUCACUUCCUCUCACCAUCAUAAGGACCACCAUCACAACAACCAUCCCAAGCACAGCAGCCAGAGCAGCAAGCAAACACACCAUAUCCUUCCGACCAACAACCGAGGACACCGUCAUUCGGUGCAUGGCGGGAUCACACAACCGGGUCACUCGGGUAACCCAACCCUCCCACCUUUGCCGCUGAAGAUCGUGAAGGUGACGCUGAACCAGCAGCGAGGAGCUAACUCGACGCUGAAAAAGAUCUUUGAGCGCCUUUGUGAGGCCUGGGAUAGUCACCAUCACUUUUCGCAGGAGCAUUCUACUGCUGCUACUGCUGCUGGUGCUACCACAGCUUGA